AUGAAUGAGGUUGAACCCUCGUACAUGAUACCAACACGUAAUUAUUUUCGAGAUGUUGUGAUAAAAAAACAGUGUGAAGAAGUGGGUGUUCAACUUCGCAAAGAAUUGAAUGAUGCUAAAUGGGUUGCUGUGACAAGUGAUAUGUGGUCGUCCGAUGCCAAAGUGAAUUAUAUUACGAUAACAGCCCACUAUACUGAUGAACAAUUUGUUGCACAUAAUCGGGUUUUAGA